GAAUGUAUUGUUUCACAUAGCUCUAGCUUUUAGUGGUAGAUUCGAUUCAAUAGGUUCCGAGUCUUCUGUACGUUAGGUUUGCUUGGGCUCGCUGCAGCAGCAAAAGUGUAGGAGCCUAUGCCAACUCCCUUCAAAGCUGCUCAAUUUUUAAAUAGUGCAGAUACUUGGGGUGCCGUACAUGUAGUUGCUGCAAGUGCUAGCUAGCUAGUAGCCAAGAGUUGUUGAGUUGGCCUCUUGCGUUUGUGUUUAAAAAAGUCUCCUGGUUUCCUGAAACGUCGUCAGGACGUCAGGUACAUCGUACCGGUACCAGUCAUAGAAAAUUAUUUGACAGCUUCGCUACUAUUGUCCGUUCGUGGCAUCUGAUAUUUCAGUCAGAGGAGCUGUAAAAAUUCCAGCGAGUCGCCCGUAGGAAUCGAAUCGAAUCGAAUCCGCGGUGCAGUGAAAAUUGGGCCGCAUUUCGCCAUCUUCCUUCCCCAGCCGUGACACCAUCCAGUUGUUGUUUCUUCAAGCAGCAAGCAGCAAGCAAAAGCAUUCCUUUGGAUCUACUAUCGAUAGCUAGUCACAGCGUAUAGUACAUUUGAAUCGUGGUGUAAACGAAGCCACUUUUGUUCGCCCUUUCGGUUGUGCAAGGAAAGAAAAGGCAGAACUGCCAUUGACGAAUCAUCAGUUGAAUUUUGGAGCUUUGUCGUGUUUUGGUGUCUACCAAAAUGUUGAACAGCUUUCGAACGUUACAGUCCAAUCUUCUCGAAGAAGAUGACAGGAACGAAGAACGAGAAGAAAGGCGGAAUUUAUUGGACGGCAGUAGUGCGAGUGCCGAAGGAGGAGUGGCCGAUGUAGCCCCUGUGUCUGGCACUUCGCUAGCAUCCACUGGCACAACAGUGACUACAUGUACAGCGGCCAGCACGGGGAUGAACCCACAAGAUGACUUGGAACAGCAAGCAGCAGACGACAAUAAUAUCAACAGCGGAUCCACCGCCACGACGCCUAUCCAAUCCAAUCAUGCCGACGCGAAAGAGCAAGAGCGAUUGCUCGGUAGGAAACAACCGCAAUCCUUGCAGGCUGGUAAUAGUGCAGGCCUGGCGAGUGUUGUGGCACGACGCCGGGGACGACGGAGAAAACGACGCAAUCGAUCUGGAUCCAAUGUGUCCGAAAAGGACAAGGAUUUAGAAUACACAAAUAGUGGGGCUCUAGGCGGUCCACUCGAUGCUCUCUGCUCGACGUGCUUGAGGACGCUCUGCUUCGACCGAACGAUGGUCCGCAAUACACUCAGUUGUAUGAAUGUCAUGGCGCGGGUCGUUGUCUGGUUCUCCGUGUUUGCCUUGGCGGCCGGUGUGGUCUGGUAUUCCUAUGAACUCAAAAAUAAUGGCACCGAUACACACUUGAUUGCUUGGUUCUCUGCAGGAGCUUUUGUGUUGCUGGGCUUCCCGUUGAGCAUGGGAAGCAUUGUGGCGCAUCUCGCCAAUUACAACCAACCCCACGUACAAUGUUACAUCGUGCGAAUCCUCUGGAUGGUCCCCAUGUACAGCAUGGAAAGUUGGCUGUGUUUACGAUUUCAUCAGUGGGCCAUUUAUAUUGAGACAUUGCGAGAUUGUUAUGAGAGCUUUGUUCUCUACAGCUUUUUUCAGUUUUUGAUUGAAGUGUUGGGAGGCGAGGAAGCGCUGAUUCUCAUGCUCAAGGACAAGAGCCCAACAAGAGGAAGUCACAUGUGGGGACUCCAAUGGUGCGUCAAACCAUGGUUAAUGGGACAGCCAGUACGGCGAUCGGACGACCUACACGACAAAAACGACAAGGACAAAAAGAAACUAGCUUCGUCUCCCCAGCACAGGCAUCGGAAUAGUCUCAAACGAGUUCAUUGGAAUUCACCAUUCUUUGUACAAUGCAAAUUUGGUGUGCUGCAGUACGUGCUGCUCAAAUUCGUUUGCAGCUUUCUGGCUUGCAUUUUCGAAACCCAUGGCAUUUACAAGGAAGGAGAUUUCACCUACAAGGGUGGCUACCUGUACAUUUGCAUAGUGACAAACCUGUCGCAGUGCUGGGCGUUGUACUGUUUGAUCCUAUUCUACUACGCGACACACAACGAAUUGGGACCAAUUCGUCCCAUAGGAAAGUUCCUUUCCGUGAAAGCUUUGGUGUUCUUCACGUGGUGGCAAUCCGUUGGGAUCGGGCUUCUUUAUCAGUGGGGGUUGAUUCCCCAUUAUAAUCCGCUGGAUCUGUCGCCAGGUGAUGUAGCCAAGGGCAUCCAAGAUUACCUGAUUUGUGUGGAAAUGUUCUUUGCGGCGAUUGUACACACACUGGUCUUUCCUCACUCGGAGUAUUCGCCACAAGCUGUCCAGGCCAGAGCCAGAGCUCUGAACCAAAGUGCAACCAAUCCAAACUUGUGGAAACAACGAAAACGCCUGGGUCGUCAUCACCAGUAUCCUUCAAAUCAUGUGCUGCGCAACUACCAGCGUGACGACAAGAGUUCUCACUCCGAGAGCAGAGGUAGCAAGGGCGACCGCAGUUUUUUCGAUUUGGAAAUGACCACUCUUUCUGCCGAAAGAAAUGGUGUUGUCGAGUCACUCUCCUGGGAGAAUCCGCCUACGGGAGAGGAAGACGUCGAAAGUCCCAUUAGCCCGAAUCGUAUGCGUUUGUCAAGUGUUGAGAGCAUGGAAUCGGAUUGGGGUUCAACUCCACAUUCAUCAAUAGCACACUAUUCGGAGUGGGAGGGAUUGUCUGACCCCCAGUAUUCCCGAUCUCCACAAGAAUCACGAGCACAGGAACACCCACCAUCCAUAAUGCAACCUGUGCUAAAUGAGUCGCACGGUACCGGUAUAAUCGACGAAGGAGUAGACGAGGACGGUCGGUUUGAUGGCGCCGAGGAAUACGAUGAAGAGCUCAGUUCGGACUGCGACCUCAGUGAUGAAUUCCUAGAUGAAUCAAGCGGAGAGUCCAAGCCUCGCCAGAAACAAAGUUUCGUUCGGGCAUUCCUGGACAGUGCCAUCCCUAGGGACUUGCGGGACAACACAGUGGGCAUUGUCAAGGGCGAUUAUGUGGUGGAAAAGAAGACUCUGCUGCACCAUGCAACGACUUCAGAUCACUACGACCUGUUUUCCCAGACGAGGAGAGCUAACUUCAGGACGCGGACAAAGGAGCAGGAUAAGGAUUAACUUAGCAGGAACCGUGUACGGUAGUUAUAUAAGUGAAAGCGUUCAUGUUGAACUG